AUGCCGCAACCCCUCAGUACGAGAGAGGGCAACCUCUUUCGACAAGUUGUCCGCAACUAUGAGGACAAGCAGUACAAGCGAGGCCUCAAGGCUGCCGAGCAGAUCCUGAAGAAACAUCCGAAGCAUGGAGAUACCAUGGCCAUGAAGGCCCUCAUAUUGAAUGCGCAGGGGAAGACUGAGGAGGCGUUUGCCCUGGGAAAAGAGGCGCUGACUGUCGACAUGAAGUCGCACAUCUGCUGGCACGUCUACGGCCUGCUCUACCGAACGAACAAGAAUUUCGAGGAGGCCAUCAAGGCAUACAAGUUUGCGCUCAAACUAGAGCCUGAGUCCAGUCAAAUCCAGCGUGAUCUUGCCAUUCUUCAGGUUCAGAUGCGGGACUAUCAGGGCUAUGUUCAAAGUCGACUGGCCAUGCUCCAAGCUAGGCCCCAGCUGCGGCAGAACUGGACUGCCUUAGCAGUAGCACACCAUCUGGCAGGCAACUUGCAAGACGCGGAGAACAUCCUUUCCACGUACGAGGACACAUUGAAGGUCCAGCCGUCCAAGUCGGACUUCGAGAAUUCCGAAGCUGUCAUGUAUAAGAAUAUGAUCAUCUCUGAGACGGGCGAUAUCCAGCGGGCAUUGGACCACCUUGAUUCUGCAGCGAAAAAUACUCUCGAUCGCCUCGCUGUUAUGGAGGCUCGAGCCAAAUACCUCACCCAGCUGGGUAAGAAGGAGGAAGCUGCGCAAGCUUAUAGAGCUCUCCUGGACAGAAACUCUGAACACCCACAGUAUUACACCGAUCUCAUCAAGGUUUUAGACAUCGCAGAAGGAGAUUACAAGGCCCUCAAGGCCAUAUACGAUGAGUAUGCAGAGAAGUCGCCUCGAUGUGAUGCUGCCAGGCGUUUGCCGUUGGAUUUCUUGACCGGCGACGACUUCAAAGAUGCCGCUCGAAAAUAUCUCACGCUGAUGUUCAACAAGGGUGUGCCGUCCACUUUUGCAAACUUGAAACAUCUGUAUAGCGAUGCCUUCAAGCGUGAUACGCUGCCCACUGUGGCAGAAGAGUACCUCGAGUCACACAAGGCCAAUGGUACGGACUCGAUCAACGGCGACAGCUCAAAGGGUCAAGGGGCCGCUCUUUACUUCCUUGCGCAGCAUUACAACUACUACCGCAGCCGUGAUCUCUCCAAAGCAUCAAAGUUUGUCGACCAGGCUAUUGAACUGGACCCCAAGAAUGUCGAUUUUCACAUGACUAAGGCCAGGAUAUGGAAGCACCAUGGCAACACGCACAAGGCAUCUGAAGCAAUGGACCAUGCUCGGUCUCUGGACACCAAGGAUCGCUACAUCAACUCGAAGGCCGCGAAAUACCAACUACGCAACAACGAAAGCUCGAAGGCAUUGGAGACUAUGGGUCUGUUCACUAGAGGGGAGACAGCUGAUGGUCCUUUGGCCGACCUGUUGGAUAUGCAGUGCAUAUGGUUCCUUACAGAAGAUGGCGAGUCUUAUAUGCGCCAAGGCAACGUCGGAUUGGCUCUCAAGCGGUUCCAUGCCAUCUGGAACAUCUUCGACGUCUGGCAGGAAGAUCAGUUUGACUUCCACAGCUUCUCGCUCAGGAAAGGACUCAUUCGCGCCUAUAUCGAUAUGAUCAGAUGGGAAGAUCAGCUACGAGAGCACCCAUUCUACUCCCGUGCCGCCAUGGACGCCGUCAAGGUCUACCUGCAGAUGUAUGCCAAGCAGACUGGCACUGCUGCGAAUGGCGUGAAUGGUCUCGAUGAGAAAUCCAAGGAGGACGAUGCGGCGGAGAAGAAGAAGGCAGCCAAGAAGGCGAAGAAGGAGGCUCAGCGGCAAGAGAAGGAAGCUGCUGAGAAGGCAGCGAAGCAGGAUCCAAACAAGGGCACAGCACAAAAAAGCAAAGAUGGCGAGGCAGCGAAGAAGAAGGACGAAGACCCCCUUGGUCUCAAGCUGGCGGCCACCACUGAUCCGCUUAGUGACGCAAUGAAAUUCCUCGGCCCCCUACUGCAGUUCAGCCCUAAGAACAUUGAAGCCCAGACAAUUGGCUUUGAGGUCUACCUGCUAAGGAAAAAAUACAUACUGGCUCUCGGCUGCUUAAACGCCGCCUUAGCCAUUGAUCCCGAGAACCCUAAGGCACAUGAGCAGGCAGUUGCCUUCCGGAAGGCGUUGAAUGACAACUUGAGCAGUGUGUCACCGAAGGUUGCCGAAGUUCUUAAGGCCGAUUUUACGACCAUUUCAGAAUCAACAGAUCUCAAGCAUUUCAACCAACAGUUCCGAACCAAGCACAAAGAUAGUCCGUCUCACGUCUUAUCGGCGAUCUUAGUCGAGGAGAAGCUCGGUGGUGACAAGGGUAAACUUGCCAAGGAGCUUGUGGACUUGGUCUCAUUGGACAGCAUCACAUUGGAAGAAGCGUCAGACGCACUCCAAGUGCUGCAGUCUUGGAGGAGUAAUGAGACGGAGGCAUUCAAGAAGGCGGCAACGGCCAAGUGGCCAGAGGCUGCUGCAUUUGCAUAG